AUGGUUCGACUGAUUCUGACACGUUCUCCGGCGAUUUUCCGAUUGAAUAUUAUUCCCGGAAUCUCUUACCUCGCGACGUCUUCUUUACUACAAAAAAAACAGAGGCAGAAGCUUAAAACCAAAACCCAGACUUUCUCGUUGAUCUCUCCUUCAUCUUCGUCCAAUUUUCAGAGGACGCGUUUCUAUUCUACCGGAGCAAGAAUUUCUUUCUUACCCGAAACCGAAAGUUCGAAAUUUGAUGAUAAUUUGGUUGUUUUAGGCAUUGAAACGAGCUGUGACGACACUGCCGCUGCUGUCGUGAGAGGGAAUGGUGAAAUUCUUAGUCAAGUCAUUUCUUCUCAGGCAGAAUUGCUUGCUCAAUAUGGAGGUGUAGCUCCUAAACAAGCUGAAGAAGCGCAUUCUCGGGUUAUCGAUAAGGUUGUGCAAGACGCACUGGAUAGUGCCAAUAUAACCGAGAAAGAUCUAUCUGCUGUUGCUGUUACCAUUGGACCUGGUUUGAGCCUCUGUCUACGCGUUGGUGUGCGGAAGGCUCGAAGACUUGCUGGUGGCUUCCAUCUUCCAAUCGUCGGGGUGCAUCACAUGGAAGCUCAUGCACUUGUAGCGAGAUUAGUGGAACAAGAAUUAAGUUUUCCUUUCAUGGCCCUGCUUAUAUCAGGAGGGCACAAUAUUAUAGUUCUUGCGCAUAAGCUUGGUCAGUACACACAACUUGGGACUACAGUAGAUGAUGCUAUAGGCGAAGCAUUUGACAAAACAGCAAAAUGGCUCGGCCUUGAUAUGCGCAGAAGUGGUGGACCAGCUGUUGAAGAACUUGCCCUGGAGGGUGAUGCAAAAGCUUUCAAAUUUAAUGUUCCUAUGAAGUUUCAUAAAGAUUGCAAUUUUUCUUAUGCUGGUUUGAAGACACAAGUGAAGCUAGCUAUUGAAGCCAAAGAAAUCGAUGUUAAAUGUCCUGUCUCUUCUGCAACAAGCGAAGACAGAAGAAAGCGAGCUGAUAUUGCUGCUUCUUUCCAGCGAGUAGCUGUCUUGCAUCUGGAGGAAAAGUGUGAGCGAGCAAUAGACUGGGCACUAAAACUCGAGCCUUCUAUAAAACAUAUGGUAGUCUCUGGUGGUGUUGCUUCGAAUCAGUAUGUAAGGCUUCGACUCAAUAACAUUGUCGAAAACAAAAACCUGAAGCUUGUUUGCCCUCCUCCUAGCCUUUGCACAGACAACGGAGUAAUGGUGGCUUGGACUGGUCUCGAGCAUUUUCGUGUAGGAAGAUACGAUCCACCUCCACCUGAAACCGAACCUGAUGAUUUCGUAUAUGAUCUUCGACCGAGAUGGCCUCUUGGAGAAGAGUACGCAGAAGGAAGAAGCGAAGCUCGUUCUUUGAGAACUGCGCGGAUUCACCCGUCACUUACUUCGAUCAUUCGAGCAGAUUCUCUUCAACAACAAACACAAACGUAG